AGUCUCUGUUGAUGAGCAGUAAUUCGUAACGCCAUGGGGAGCACAUUCACGCUAUUUCUAGCUGCUGCUUUCUUUUUCUUUAAAGGUUGCAGUUGUUCAGAAGCAGAGCACAGGCUGUUUGCAGCCUUGUUUGCCAACUACAAUCAGUUUAUCAGACCAGUGGAGAACGUGUCAGACCCUGCCAUCAUUCAGUUUGAGGUGUCCAUGUCCCAGCUAGUGAAGGUGGAUGAAGUGAACCAGAUAAUGGAGACCAACUUGUGGCUGAAACAUAUCUGGAAUGAUUACAAACUUAAGUGGAAUCCAGAGGAAUAUGGAGGUGCUGAGUUUAUUCGAGUCCCAUCUGACAGGAUCUGGAAGCCAGACAUUGUCUUAUAUAACAAUGCAGUUGGGGACUUCCAAGUUGAUGACAAGACAAAGGCCUUAUUGAAAUACACAGGAGAAGUGACCUGGAUACCUCCAGCUAUUUUUAAAAGUUCAUGUAAAAUAGAUGUAACCUACUUUCCAUUUGACUACCAAAACUGCACCAUGAAGUUUGGUUCCUGGUCUUACGAUAAAGCUAAAAUUGACUUAGUUUUAAUUGGCUCUACAAUGAACCUCAAAGACUACUGGGAGAGUGGAGAAUGGGCAAUUAUUAAAGCUCCUGGAUAUAAACAUGACAUUAAGUACAACUGUUGUGAAGAGAUAUAUCCAGAUAUCACCUAUUCUCUUUAUAUUAGGCGCCUGCCUUUAUUUUAUACCAUCAACAUGAUUAUCCCAUGUCUGUUGAUUUCUUUCUUAACUGUCUUGGUGUUCUACUUGCCUUCAGACUGUGGUGAGAAGGUGACACUAUGCAUAUCAGUCCUUUUAUCCUUAACUGUAUUUCUCCUAGUGAUCACAGAGACCAUCCCUUCUACCUCUUUGGUGAUCCCACUUAUUGGAGAAUACCUCCUCUUCACCAUGAUAUUUGUAACUCUUUCCAUUGUCAUUACUGUGUUUGUACUUAAUGUACACUAUAGAACACCCAAGACACACACGAUGCCUGAGUGGGUGAAGACCAUUUUCUUGAACUUACUUCCCAAGAUCAUGUUUAUGACCAGGCCUGCCAGUGAUGAAGAGAAUAAUCAGAAGCCAAAGCCACUUUACAGUGCUGAGCUCUCAGACUUAAAUUGCUUCAGCAGCUCUGAAACCAAAUGCUGCAAAGAUGGCUUCAUAUGUCAAGAUAUAACAUGCAGCUGUUGUCAGUAUCAACGAAUAAAGUUUUCUGACUUCAGUGGCAAUCUUACAAGGAGUACAAGCUAUGACUCGGUAGAUGCUCUGCUUUCAUUUUCAGUUUUGUCACCAGAAAUGAGAGAUGCCAUUGAAAGUGUCAAAUACAUUGCAGAGAAUAUGAAAAUGCAGAAUGAAGCUAAAGAGAUUCAGGAUGAUUGGAAGUAUGUUGCCAUGGUAAUUGAUCGCAUUUUUCUUUGGGUUUUUAUUCUGGUAUGUAUUCUAGGAACAGCAGGAUUGUUCUUACAACCAUUGAUGGCUGGAGAUGAAAUGUAGAAAUUCAAAAUACUCUGUUGUAAAAGAAAUUUGUUUGCUGACCAAACAUGUUAUGCUUUUUUUGUUACUUCAGCUGCUUUUGUAUAUACUAUUUUAUUAGUAGAAUAAAAGAUGUCUCUAGGCUUAUUAAGCUUCACCCAGCAAAGCUUCAUUAUAAAUGUGAAAAGCUUUAACUGAUAUUAAAAUGUCAUGACAGCCAAUCUGAAGGUAAUAUUCUCAGGACUAUUGCCAGAUGUCCCUUACAAGAGCUGGAGAAAAUGCAAGUAGCAAAUAAAAAUUCACAGAAGUGUUUGUGAAACAGCAUUUAUGACAUAGACAUGUCCAGCAGAAAUUGGAAAUCACAGCAUUUCCACAGGAAUGUUUAGAAGACUGAUGGAAGGCUGAAGAAUUUGGGUUACCUGACCAACUUCCAACACUCAUGUCCAGUGCUACAUCCUCCACGAUGGGACAUGCUUCAGUACAAUUCUUCUGGGAGCAAGAUCACAGCUAGUGCCAUAAAGCCACUCCAGUACACAGCCAUUUAGAAACUGUAGCUCUUGAAUUGCUGUACUAAUAUGUAACUUGUUGGUAUAUGAUGUACCCAUUAUUAUGCCAGGUUUUGAGGGGAGCAAUUAGUGAGUAAGUUACUUUAGAACAAGGCCAACUCAUUUAUAGCUGGAUAAUAAUGUUAAGGUAGCAAAGUGGCCAUCACAUGAUUCUGCUCACCUCCCAUUUUGGAAAUGGAACAAAAUUGCUAGCAAAAUGUCAAGUUAUUCAGACCUAAUAAUAUCAUUACACACACACACACACACACACACACACACACACACACACACACACACACACACACACACUUCAGAGGAGACAAACAGCUCACAUGAAGGAAUUAAGAUACUACAGGAUAGUUUUGUUUCACAUGCUAUAGACAAGUACUUUAAUAAAAGAUACAUAGAUAUUAAAUUUUCCUGUAAAGUAUAAUAGAACUUCUUCUCAUACAUACAUCCCGUAUGUUUUUAUCAAUAACUGUAGAUACACUUAAACAGGAGCAUGAAGAUAAAUAUAGUACACUAAAAGGGUUGGGGAAGGCGCUUGGUAAAAAUGUGAAUUGUUCUCUCUGUGCAAAAUUGGAAAUUUUAUGGAAAUGUGGAAGUAGUUAUGUAAAAUUUUUGAAAAAUAAAGAGACAUGUAGUUGCAGAACAUAUUUGUUAUUCUGGUUGCAUGACACUCUGUAUAGGGUAAUAUUAGCUACUGUUUGGUGCACUCAGACCCCAAUAAUUCACAGAAGCACAGACCCAGGAAUAGGGGAUCUAUUAGAAAAUAUUUGGUUUUUAAAACACUUAGACCAGCAAUUUGAGGAUGAACUGUAGAGCCCAAUAAACUGUGGUGUGAGCAAUUUUGUCUUUAUGUAAUACAUAAACAUUAUGGAAGUGACUGAAAGCUUUUCCCCAUUUUGAAAAAAAUGUUACUUAAAUCAGGACUGGGUUUGGGGCCCUGUUGUAUUAGAACCUGACAAUCAGCUCAAAUGUAAAUACAGCAUAAUUUUCAUUUUUGUAUUGAAGCAAGAGGGGGGAUAAACAUUAGCAGCAAGGUUAGAACCAGAUAUCCAGCCCAUACUGUUGCUCUGAUUUUCAUAUAACAUGACUGCAGUAACUAAACAAUGUGCCCACGGCAACUGUAAGCAGAAGCAAUGAAGAAAAUAAGAAUGUGAGAGGAGAUCCAAAACAAGUUCUGUGUCACCACUCACAGGCAAUUGACCAGGGUGCUGAUGCAUCUAAAUACUAAGAAAGAUAAAAGUUGAGUCAUAGCACAGGUCAAAUCAGAUACCUUAUUAGACGUCAACUUUUCAAAUGAACUAUAACAACAAAGUAAGACAAGUUAAUGUCUGAUUACCUGCAACACACAAAGGAGAUAAGUUAGACUCUUUUCAAUCACAUGUACCUGUAAAUUGAAGGCCAGAAAAUGUCAAUGUGCAUUUUUUUCUCCUGAUCGUGAGCGGAAUUUAUUCACUCUGUAAAGCCUAGAAAGUUACUCCACAGAUGAAAUAGGAUGUGAAAUAAGGAGCAACUAUAUUGAAAAUAUUCACAAAAUAACAACUUUUAUAAAUACUAAAUAUGAAGUAAUUCCAGCCAGUAUGAAAAUCAGCAUGACACCAGAUCCAAAUAGAAAAAAAAAUGAGAAAAAUCUAAUUCCCCAAUGCUGCAGCCACUACCAUGUACCAUUAACAUCAAAGGACAGAAGGUUGUAAUUUUCACAAAAGAAACACCUUCACAGUAGCUAAAUAGCAAAAUCAGUAUUUUUUCUAGCUAUUUAAGCAAGUAUUAAAAAAAGUUAUUCUCUAAAAUGUGCUUGUUUGGCUUACUGAAUUAAACCUGCAUGUGGGAGAGCUGCUAUAAUGUGACACACUCAUGUUAAAAACAGCAGUGUAGAAUACACAGGGAGAUUUAUCUUUCUUAGAUUCCAGGGCACAGUAUGAGCAUAAAUUCAAUCUAGUUGGUGUUACUGAAACCUGAUGGAAGGGGUUGUAAGAUUGGAAUGUGACAAUCAAUGGUUAUAACCUCUUAGAAAGAACUGAGUGGGCAAAAGAGGAAAGGUAGUGGCACUCUUUCUCAAAAAUGGCAUUACCUUGUUUCCAAGUCAUUGAUCAUUCAGAAGAAAAUGAUUUCAAAUGUGUAAGGGUCAAUGUCCUAACAGAUAAAGCACAAGAUGGGGUAUUAGUUGGUGUCUUCUAUAGACUACCCAAUCACAUGAGGGAAUAGGAUUACUGUCUCCUUUUGCACCUAUUUUUAAUAUGCAGAGGGAAAAGCUGCAUGAUCAUAGUGGACUUCAGUUUGAGUGACACACGCUGGAAAUCUCAUGCUGCCAGUACUCAAACAUCCUUGGAAUAUCUAAAUAUUAUAGAUAAUAAUUUCCUAACUCA